AUGUCGGACAGGAUCAGACGUAACGGCCAGCUUUCCUCAUGUGAGCCAUGUCGCAAAUCAAAACUUCGAUGCGAUCACGGUCGACCUACUUGUGGCAGGUGUGCGCGUCGCCGCCUACCAGCACCACAAUGUCAUUAUCACCCAGCUCCGAUGGCAAAGCAGCCUAGGCUCCAAAGAGAAAGGGUUACACCUGCCCAGUCGCAUGUUCCCAGUUCUGUUGCAACAGAUUCAAGCUCACCGACGAAAGACUCUCGUGCUUACGAACCCAUCAACAUGAACAGGCAUUUGAUGUGCUUUGCUGACCCAAACACCCCACACUCGCACCCCAGUUAUACAUCGCUGACAAGAACUGGCGUGGCUCUUCCUCGGCCUUCUCCACUUGACGAGAAAACAAUCUCCGACGGGGCAAGACUACUGAAUGAUAUUUUGGAACUUCUGAUCGAAAUUGGUGAACCCCUUGAAAGGUUCUCAAUUAAUGACAUGGAGUUAUGUUUUCACGGACCUCUGCUCGAGGUAGCAUGGAACUCAACGAACAAUACCAUACGAAGUCUGCUGGAUGAUCGCUCUGAAUUUAACCUGAACUCAGUUUCCCAGGCGGUAUUUGAGCGUACCUCUUCGCCACCUAUAUUUCCCCCCACUGCAGCUGCCGGUGCACUAGAGUCAAUAUUCUCUGUGCGGGGCCUACGCUGGGAGGUUCUUGGGUUAUACUGUGCCCAGAUAGGAUUGUACCUUGGUGGGGAAAAGGACAAAUCAUUCAGCUUAUAUGCCCACCAAGGGUGGAAAUCAGAUCGCAAAACCUUAAUGCAAAGAGCCUUCAAAGCUUGCAUCCAGUGCGAAUCGUUCUGUGACCAAGUCGGUGCCAUUAACGAUCUCACGCUAUGGUUCACACUGCUGACCAUUCUAUUCGCCACAUGGGCCUUUGGUGACGACUCUUACCAUGCGUUACGGCUCAUAGGUAAUAUGACAUCCGUCUUUAUUGCCUUGGGUUUCCAUAGGGGUGUCCAGAAUGAUCCUUCCAUACCUCUAUAUAUGGUAGAAACUCGAAAAAGAGCGAUCGCUUGGGCACACGACCUUGACAAAGUUUGUGCAGGUUUCACGUCACGACACCAUAUAUCUACUGACAGUGUGUGCAACAGACCUGUUCGUCUUAGUCGUCACUUUUGCGCAAUUGAACUGCCCCUCGAUAUAGAAGACUCUGUUCUCAUGGGACCAACUGAAGGACUGUUGAGAGCUGUUGAGAAUUUGGACGCGGAUGGUUGGAGUAAAGAAAAGGCCAUAUUUCCAGUUUCUCGCCAGAGAGCACAGCUGAUGCUGGGUGUGGUUCGUGAAGAGGCCCUGGAACUCAAACUUGGGCCUGAAGCGUCGGACCUUGAGACAAAGGCAGGAUUGAUCUUACAAAAGUUGGAAUUGACUUGGCAGGCAAUUCCAUCACACCUGAAAUGUGAUUCCGCGCCACAAUAUGGAGGUGAAACCAAAUAUUUACUUCUCCUACUAAAUCUGCGGCUUGAGUACCUUUAUACGGAGUUUCUUCUGUACUCUCUGCUUGCUCGUUCGAGCAAAAGUAGUCGCCAGAGGACCAUGAUAACUGCACACGAGAUCGUCAACCUUGUCCUUUUACCAACGCGAAACAGGGAUCUACUGCACAGCCAUAGGGCAGACAUGGAAUGGACUCUCGUCUUUUAUGCCAUGCCUUGCGCAAGCGUUCUGACUUUAGAGCUUCUGCGGCAAGACCAAUCUCCCGAAGAACGACUCAAUGUGAAUCGAAGCGGGAUUAUCCAGGAUAUCAGUGUACUGAUUUCAUGCUGCGACUUUUUGACAGAAUCUGGGCAGAGUAACUAUCAAAUUUGCAAGCAAGCCCAGUCAAUAUUCUCGAAAAGUCUUGAUUCGAUUCUCAACCGGACAGACUCUACCCAGAGAAACAGCUCGGAAGAGCUGACUGUGCGCCAUGUGGAUCAAUCUGAUCAGCAUCUCCAGGAGCGAACAAGUUCCAUGAGCGCCGAGUUUCCCAAUAUAGUUGCCCAAGAUCCGGAGUGGAUGGCAUGGCUGGACUCAUUGGGCUUGCAAGGAGAUCCGUGGCUGGAGUCAAUCAUUCCGACCUUGGAAUUCCCGAUGAAUGACACGGUAUGA